UAUUAACAGCCAAAAAAUGCUUGGGUCAAUUCUUAAAACGUCUCGUCUCGACAUGCUCUUGUCCUCGUCAGAAAGAUUUCUUUCGACAACUCAAUUCCUUACUCAUCCAAAGCAGAAGGCUCUCUAUAAACUUUAUCGAGCUGAACGGGUUACCCCAAGUGUUAGAGGCGUUGAUUUGCUCAAGUCUCCUGAUUUGAAUAAGGGAAUGGCUUUCUCACUCCAAGAACGCCAGUAUCUGGGAAUUCAUGGUCUGUUGCCUCCAGCGUUCAUGACAGAAGAACAGCAGGCUUAUCGAGUGAUUUCUAAAUUGCGUAAACAGCCUAAUGAUUUGGCCCGCUAUAUUCAGUUGGAUGCGCUUCAGGACAGAAACGAGAAAUUAUUCUACCGUGUUUUGUGUGAUAAUUUGAAGGAAUUGAUGCCGAUAGUUUACACUCCAACUGUUGGUUUGGCAUGUCAGCAAUUUGGCUUUAUUUAUCGAAAUCCGAAAGGUGUCUACAUUACUAUAAACGACAACAGCGUCAGUAAAAUAUACCAAAUUUUGAGCAAUUGGAAAUUCAACGAAAUCAAAGCUAUUGUGGUUACCGAUGGAGAAAGAAUUCUUGGAUUAGGCGAUUUGGGAGCUUACGGAAUUGGCAUUCCUGUUGGAAAAUUGGCUUUAUAUGUUGCUCUGGCUGGUAUACAACCUAAGUGGUGUUUGCCUGUUUUAAUUGAUGUUGGGACUGAUAAUCAGGAAUUGUUGGAUGAUCCUUUCUAUAUUGGUCUACGUCGUAAUAGAGUUACUGGACCAGAAUAUGAUACUCUUUUGGAUAAUUUUAUGAAAGCUUGUCGAAAGAAGUAUGGCCAAAAUGUAUUAAUUCAAUUUGAAGAUUUUGGCAAUAAAAAUGCUUAUCGUCUAUUGGAGCGUUAUCGGGAUGAUUAUUGCAUGUUCAAUGACGAUAUUCAAGGAACUGCAUCUGUUGUUGUUGCCGGAUUACUUGCUUGUACACGUGUUACGAAGAAGAAAAUGUCUGAAAGUUCCUAUGUCUUUUUGGGUGCUGGAGGGGCAGCUUUGGGUAUUGCUGAAAUGGUUGUAUUACAAAUGCAAAAUGAAGGUUUAUCAAAAGAAGAUGCUUGUUCAAAAAUUUAUUUGAUGGAUGUUGAUGGUUUAAUAACAACCUCUCGCAAAAAUAUUGAAGAUCGUCAUAUUCCAUUUGCUAAAAAUAUGGAACCAACACGUUCUCUUUUGGAAGUUGUCAAAACUGUUCGUCCUAAUGCAUUAAUUGGAGCAUCAACUGUUGGAGGUGCUUUUACAAGAGAAAUUAUUGAAACUAUGGCAGAAAUAAAUUUGCGUCCAAUAAUUUUUGCGUUGUCAAAUCCAACAGAUAAAGCUGAAUGUACUGCAGAAAAUGCUUUUAGAUAUACCAAGGUUUUUUUUAAAUUUUUUGGAAUAUUUUAUUUGAUUUGUGAGUUCUUAGACUUUGUUAUGAGCGAUUCGAAAGAGUUCGUAGGCUCUCGUUCCCUCUCUUGUUAUAGGCGUACCCCAAAUGGAAGUGUUCUUUUUGCGUCUGGUAGUCCAUUCAAAAAUGUUGAAAUGCAUGGUCGCAUAUAUAAACCUGGACAGGGAAAUAAUGCUUAUAUAUUUCCGGGUAUUGCAUUGGCUGCAAUUUUAUUUAAAUUGUCUACAAUUAACAAUAAUCUGUUUUUGUUAGCUGCUAAUACUGUCGCUGAAUGUGUAAGUGACAAAUGUUUAGCAGAAGGACGUAUUUAUUCUCGACUUAAAGAUAUUAAAGAAAUUUCUAUCAAAAUUGCUAUAAAAAUUGCCGAUGAAUGUUACAAAGAUGGAACAGCAAAAUUAUAUCCUGAACCUGAAGAUAAAGAAAUGUUUAUUAGAUCUCAACUAUAUUCGGUCAAAUAUGAGGAUUUAAUUAAUGAGACAUAUGAAUGGCCAGCACAGGAUAUGACACAUGGAUUUCCGUUUCCACCGGUUUUUAUUUUUUUUAUAUUUUUUAAUGGGGGAUAG